AUGAAGAUUCGUGUACCAUUUCUCAUACUGAGCUGUCUCAGCACGGCGAUUUGCAUAGUUAACUCAUCCUUAGCAAUUUACCUUUGCAAAAAAGUAUCCUUUGAGCCAACACUCGUUGCUCUCGCAGUAGGCGAAUUAAUACCACUGGCUGGUAUUGUUGUCGUUGGAACUUCUCAAGGAGGAGUCCUAUUCAUGGGCUGUCUACUAGUAAGUUGUGUGGCAUCUCUAGCUAGCGGAAUCACUUGGUUGGCUAGAAUUGUGAAGAACGUCGAGAGAAUGGCAAAAUACUUGGAAUCGUACUAUAACUUAACCAUUUGUCUGAUAUCCCUGUUCAUUUUGUCGCAGGUGUUCAAGAUUGUUCUUACUCACUUCAUCCCCCAUUCCACGCCGAAGAUAGAAUUUCCCAAAGAUGAAGAAAGUUUUGCCUUGGAAACCAUCCUCAACUAUAAGGCUUCAGCCCAGACCUUGGUGCAAGAAACAAAUAUACCCACACACCUUCCAAAUGAGGGACAGGCCACCUGGUGCAACGAUAAUAAUGAUUCUGUUAAAAUCCAUGAACCAGCCCAAUACUCCCAGGAUAUCAAGAGCAGUAUGCAACUUGGGUCCGAGAGAUCGUCCCAACAGUGUUUUGACCCUGAAGAAUACAAAGUGCAUAAUCACAAAGAAUCCCUAAAAUCUAAGAGAUCAUUGGAGUUUGAGAAAAAUAUCAUAAGGAAUAUAUCCAAUUCGUUGCUACCACCUGUUCUCCAACAAGGUAAGAGUGAUAUUUCGUAUUUGCGAAAUGAAAUGAUGGGGACUCCGGAAAAAUCUCAUCAAGAUAACGAGAACCAUGAUAGUGAGGGGAAGUUGUUUAUCGACGACCUGAGCGAUAUCCCAGAGAGCUAUCCUCAAAAAGAUCUUUGGAACUCUAAUAGAACAGGGAAUAUUAGUCACGUUUCCUUAAGAAACUGGAACGAAAAUUAUACUGACUGGAAUCAAAGGCAAGAAAGAAAAGGGGUCACAACAGAGCUGUAUCAAUUGAACCCUGAAUUCCGAAACACGGAACAGUUGUUCCACAAUAAUGAUGCAAGCAGUGUAGAGCAUAUGGAACAGGAAACGUCAUUUGGAGCUCCUUCAUUGUACUCGUUUAGUAACAACAAACUAAGGCAAGCUGAAAGUCAAGACUCCUCCACAGUUGAGGCAAAUGUGGGGUUAACACUAAUGACAAAUGUAGGUUCAAAGCAAACACUCAUACAGGAAGAAGAAGGCUUAGACAUACAAUCUAAGGGAAAGCAGCGAAGAUCUUCCAUUGCAACGUUCAAAAAUACCAGUCCAAUCAAGAAACUAAGAGAACUAAAGAAUGAAAUUCGAAGCAAAAACUCCGUUCACCAUAAAUCAAACUCGUCGUUGACUAGCAGCAUCCAUGUUGGGAUGACUUUUGCAUCUGCACCAACUUCACCUGUGAAAAGGAAGACCCACAGUCUUUCCAAAUCUAUGUCCUGUUUUCAUGUUUCGUCGCAGAGCAUUCAUAGGGGUGAUCGUUCUCUAAGAACGGUCCAUGGCUCUCCUGAAAAACCUAAUCUAUCAACUUUAAGACAUUAUCCUCCACUGAGCGAUAAUCCAAGUUCUAGGGAGAGUAGCCAAGGAUCAUCUUGUCCUUCCAUGUUUGUGGGGCAGUAUGAUCGUGAAAAAUGGACCAAACUCAAGUCCAAAGAGGAAGUAAUUGUAUAA